AUGUCGAUCGCACACGAUUUUCCCGAUAUAACACUUUCGCCGAUUCGUUCUGAACCUGAAGCCAAUUCGUUUUCCGUUCACUUUACGAGCUCCCUUGAAACCGACGGGAAAUCGGUGGGUUUCAUACUGUUUUCAGACUAUUUAUUAAGGUUUCUAAAGGCUCAGAAGUAUUAAAUAAAUAAAAAUAAGGCGGGAAAGGCUCAAGGUUUUUUGAAGUUAAUUUGUGCUUUUUCAAAGCUUCAGUAAGAUUUUCGGGCGUUUUCUGUAAAUGCAUCUUUUUUGAAUACUAUUUUGCGAUGAGUCAUUCCUUCAGGAUCGGAAAACAAGAAUCUAAAAAUAGAAAACUCAAUUAAAUUUGCUUAGAAAUCGAAGCCUCCUCAAGUGGUCGUCGACAAAACGCUUGGCACAACAUCAAUAAACGAAGAAGAUUCGGAAGGUUGAUUAUUUUGCCAAAGCAUUACAAUCCCGGCGGUUAAGAAAAUGACGCGAACCGUGAGAUUUCGAGGCGACAACAAUCUCAACGGCCAGCAGCUCCCCUGGGGUUUCGUCUCGAUUUAUUUUGCUUUGAACUGCAAUUUUCUGCAAUUUAGGGACGUUUCGGAACUGUUCAGGACUAUCGACGUUCUUGCCGACACUGUCGAACUGGUCAUACCGCUUCGAGGUUGGUUGUUGAAAGAAAAAUCUGUUCGUGCAUAUUUUCAUUUGCAAGGAGCCAAAGUGGUGGUGAACGUCGGAUGCUGCGAGGAGGCGCGCCAGGAAGUCUGUGACAAGUUGGAAGAGAUGGGCGCGGCGGUCGUCGACGACGUGACGUCAUCCACCACCCACUGCGUUGUCGACUCGCGGGCUUCUCUGGAAGUCGUCGAAAGGGUCCUUCAGGCCCGUCAGGCCGUCUUUCUCGUCGACGUUCAUUGGGUCCAAAAGUCCGUUCUUUCAUUUUUUGAUAGGAAGAAACAAACUCUUAUUUGAUUAAAGCCAGAAAAUAUUGAGUUCAAAAGUUUGUUCUUUAACCAUAAAAUAAUUCCGAAAAAAAACUCGGAAAAAGCACGAUAUGUAAAGCUUUUUUGCACCAUUCGCUUCAAGACCCAAGAUUUAAUUUUGUUAGCUUUUCUUCGGUACUUCGUUCAUAAAAAAAUGGACCGGAUUUUUUUGGGUCGAGAAGUUCUUUCUUUCUUUAUCCAUAAUUGAUAAUAAUAAUUCCUUCACUGUCUUCCAAGAGCUGUUCUGAAACUUCAUCUAUUUUAUAAAAUUAUUUCUCUGAUGUGAUGUUGAGAAAUUUUGUUGUGUGGUUAUUUUUUUUCAUCCUUCCUUUUGAAAAUCGUCUUGUUCUCAAAAAGAAAAACUAUGUAAUUUUUUUGAAGAUGCUACGAAAAAAAGGAAAAAGUGUCCGAGGAGGAGUUUUCAAUGUACGAUUGUCGUUACCUGCGCAAAAAAUUGCGACGCGUGUCUUCGGUUUUGUCGAUUCGGGUUGGUUUUUUUUUCCUUUCGUAAAAGAUGAAUGAAGACAUUUCAGGAAUAUUCGGAAGAAUACGUGAGUGACAACGAAAAUGAUGAGAAUGCCUCUCCCGGCGCUCAAGUUGGGGUCAGUUUUGCGAGGACAGAUUUUACUUUUUCAUGGAUUCCUUUUACAAACUGGGGAUUCAAGAAACACAGUUCUUUAACUACGCUGUCAAAUUGAUGCGCGCGAAAUUCAAAAUUUUCUCUGAUUUUCUGAAACUUUGUUAUCAUUUCCACUGUCGGACGACUAUUUCAAAUUUCGCGGAAUUGUUUUGAACACGUCACUUUUAUAUUAAUGAAUCUUUCUUAUUCAAUUUCGAAGCUGACCUUUUUCUGACAAGUUUUCGGAAAAUUUAUAAUUUUUGAAGUUUCGAUAUCUUUGUCUCUAGGCACAUAAGUUCUCUUGGAAUAAGUUUUUUUAAAAAAAGGUGAAGUUUUUUUGGUGAUAGUUGAUUCACCACCAUUUUUUUUGAGCAAUUUUAAACAUUUUUUUGGUAUUAGAGUAUUUUUUUAAAACAUCAAAGGAAGGAACUGCUAAAGAAUUUUGAAAAACGCCUAAAAAGCCCUCAUUUGGUUUUUUUCCUAGUAUUUUUGCUGGUGGUAUGAAAAAAACACCAGCGAAAAUUCAAAUGGCGACUUUUCCGAUUUUUUCAUAUCGCUAGGGAACUUUCCGACGGCCACCUUUCCGACGAAUCCCUUUCCGACUUUUUUUUCUCGAUAAAAUAUUCGUUUUAAAUUUCCUAUAUAAAGUAGGUAGUUGGUUCAUGAUUAAAAACACAAAAAAAUAUUUUUUUCAUACCACCAUUUUGCUAUUUUAUAUAUAAAUUUUGGAUAAUUUCACCUUUUUUUCUUCAGACCGGCGAAUCUCUGAUGCAACGUUCCAUGACGGCCGAGGAGCUCCUAGGAAAAAAAUCAAGGCAAUUUCCGGAAAAACUGGACGAAUUGGCCAAAGGUUCCGGGUUCAAAAAAACUUUUUCAAGAUUUUUAAAAUGCGUAAGCGAAAUUCAUGAGGGUCUCGAAGCGAAAAAUUCGUUUCUAGUGUCAUGCAAGGCUUUUUCUAAAAAAAUGUAUCCAAUAUUUUUAGAAAUAAAUUUUCAAUGUUUAGCUUGUCGAAAAAUCAAAGGUUCAGGGAUAUUUUAAGAGAUAAGGCUCUCUGUUGCGUCUUAGAGGAAAUAAAAAGCUUGUGGGAAUAUUUGAGAGAAUUUUUCUGGAACUUUAACCGUAAUAGCGUGCAAGCAAAAAGUUUAUGGUAACCAGUAAAAAAUUUUUUUGAAAUGCUAUCGGCAAAUGCGAAUUUUGAUAUCAAAAUUGAUAAUCUUCGUGAAUUUCGAUCAUCUUUUUUUUUUAGAAUACCGACUCCAGCCCCUCUCGGCAUUACGAGGAUUCCAUCAUUGUACAGAUUGUCCGAGUAUGUCAUUUUUUAUUCUUAUAAAAAGGUAUUUCUGGAAACGGAGAACUGAAAAAUAUAACUUUUAUCAAUUUUGCGAGAUCAUUAUUAUUUCAUAUUUCUAUAUUUCAGACCAUACAGUCCAUUCAAUAACAGUUGCUGAGGAGGAGCCGACAAAUGGACCUUCCAGACCGAUACCCAAAUGGAGGGCCAAACUUGGACCAAAUACUUUUGUUGGUUUGAAAAGAAAUGACGAGAAAAAGAAGAAUUUUGAAGAAAAACCCAAAAAGUUUGGUGAUCCUGAGAAGACGGUCUCAUGACGGUUUUGUACUGGAACAUCGAAAUCCGGAGGAUAUUUCUGUGCCGAUCAACAAGGCGUCUCAUGGUGGGUGCUGUUUAACCAUUAUUUACUUUAUUUCUCCGGUUUUACUGGAACCGUCGGUUCAGAAUAUCCAGUUUUCUAACAUAUUCGUAACCUCUUUACAAGAAAAAAGAACAUUUGAAUUUGAUAAUUGCAAGCUAUCAUCACGUCAGUGAAAAUUACCUCAAAGUGAACAGAAAUUCUAAAAUUUCCGCUGUUCUAACGUCUCUUCUUCGAAUACAUUCUGUCUUCACUACGAGACACAUGCUGGCGAGUGCCUGGUUUAGAGUCGGUUGCGUGUUUCAUAGGGACCUGGCAGCGCGACUAAAGCGUUGGUUUAAUUACCCAAGUUUGAGGUAAACAUUAGAUCUGACCCAGAACAACUUGGUGUCAAGAUAAAUUUUGGAACCGCUUCUCUUCGGAGAGGCAAAAAGAACUAUUCAUUGGAAAUUGAAGCUGUUAUCAUGUCAGUUUCGAUAAUUUCUUGAAUGUUUUUUUUUAAAUUUCUGAUCACAGCAGUUCGAAAUCUAUGUGAAAGUCUCAUAGUUCUAACGUCUCUUCUUCGAAUACAUUCUGUCUUCACUACGAGACACAUGCUGGCGAGUGCCUGGUUUAGAGUCGGUUGCGUGUUUCAUAGGGACCUGGCAGCGCGACUGAAGCGUUGGUUUAAUUACCCAAGUUUGAGGUAAACAUUAGAUCUGACCCAGAACAACUUGGUGUCAAGAUAAAUUUUGGAACCGCUUCUCUUCGGAGAGGCAAAAAGAACUAUUCAUUGGAAAUUGAAGCUGUUAUCAUGUUGUUUUUAUAACUUCUUGAAUGUUUUUUUUUUCAAUUUCUGAUCACAGCAGUUCGAAAUCUAUGUGAAAGUCUCAUAGUUCUAACGUCUCUUCUUCGAAUACAUUCUGUCUUCACUACGAGACACAUGCUGGCGAGUGCCUGGUUUAGAGUCGGUUGCGUGUUUCAUAGGGACCUGGCAGCGCGACAGAAGCGUUGGUUUAAUUCUCCAAGUUUGAGGUAAACAUUAGAUCUGACCCAGAACAACUUGGUGUCAAGAUAAAUUUUGGAACCGCUUCUCUUCGGAGAGGCAAAAAGAACUAUUCAUUGGAAAUUGAAGCUGUUAUCAUGUUGUUUUUUUAUAACUUCUUGAAUGUUUUUUUUUCAAUUUCUGAUCACAGCAGUUCGAAAUCUAUGUGAAAGUCUCAUAGUUCUAACGUCUCUUCUUCGAAUACAUUCUGUCUUCACUACGAGACACAUGCUGGCGAGUGCCUGGUUUAGAGUCGGUUGCGUGUUUCAUAGGGACCUGGCAGCGCGACAGAAGCGUUGGUUUAAUUACCCAAGUUUGAGGUAAACAUUAGAUCUGACCCAGAACAACUUGGUGUCAAGAUAAAUUUUGGAACCGCUUCUCUUCGGAGAGGCAAAAAGAACUAAUCAUUGGAAAUUGAAGCUGUUUUCAUGUCAGUUUCGAUAAUUUCUUAAUUGUUUUUUUCAAUUUCUGAUCACAGCAGUUCGAAAUCUAUGUGAAAGUCUCAUAGUUCUAACGUCUCUUCUUCGAAUACAUUCUGUCUUCACUACGAGACACAUGCUGGCGAGUGCCUGGUUUAGAGUCGGUUGCGUGUUUCAUAGGGACCUGGCAGCGCGACUGAAGCGUUGGUUUAAUUACCCAAGUUUGAGGUAAACAUUAGAUCUGACCCUGAACAACUUGGUGUCAAGAUAAAUUUUGGAACCGCUUCUCUUCGGAGAGGCAAAAAGAACUAAUCAUGGAAAUUGAAGCUGGUUUCAUGUCAGUUUCGAUAAUUUCUUAAUUGUUUUUUUUUUCAAUUUCUGAUCACAGCAGUUCGAAAUCUAUGUGAAAGUCUCAUAGUUCUAACGUCUCUUCUUCGAAUACAUUCUGUCUUCACUACGAGACACAUGCUGGCGAGUGCCUGGUUUAGAGUCGGUUGCGUGUUUCAUAGGGACCUGGCAGCGCGACAGAAUCGUUGGUUUAAUUACCCAAGUUUGAGGUAAACAUUAGAUCUGACCCUAGAACAACUUGGUGUCAAGAUAAAUUUUGGAACCGCUUCUCUUCGGAGAGGCAAAAAGAACUAUUCAUUGGAAAUUGAAGCUGUUAUCAUGUUGUUUUUAUAACUUCUUGAAUGUUUUUUUUUAAUUUCUGAUCACAGCAGUUCGAAAUCUAUGUGAAAGUCUCAUAGUUCUAACGUCUCUUCUUCGAAUACAUUCUGUCUUCACUACGAGACACAUGCUGGCGAGUGCCUGGUUUAGAGUCGGUUGCGUGUUUCAUAGGGACCUGGCAGCGCGACUGAAGCGUUGGUUUAAUUACCCAAGUUUGAGGUAAACAUUAGAUCUGACCCAGAACAACUUGGUGUCAAGAUAAAUUUUGGAACCGCUUCUCUUCGGAGAGGCAAAAAGAACUAAUCAUUGGAAAUUGAAGCUGUUAUUAUGUUGUUUUUAUAAUUUCUUGAAUUUUUUUUUCGUGGUUGAUCACUGAAAAAACGUUCCCUGUUCAGACAUAUUCAAGUCUUCCUCGUGAGUUUUCAUAGAUAUUGUCGCCCUCUCAUUUUGCCUUUUUCAGAUGUACGAGAAGUGUUGCGACCUGCAAAACGGCCCAGGAAAGCACCUCAGAGUUUGUCGUAACAUUUUUCUCUCAAUCAAAAUUUUGUUUUUAAAGAGAAACAGAUGCCGCCAAUCGAUGCCAUCAACGACAUGAGAAGGGUCACUUCCACGGAUUUGAACCAGAUUCGAACGGUUUUUUGAAAAAGGAAGCUUUUGAAAAGAUCUCUCAUUGGUUUUCAGACGUUGAAAAAGAAUGCGGCGAUUUCGAAGAGUAGGACGGGCAAAGGAAAAAAGAAUUAUCAUGUCGAGACGGUGAGUUUCUUAGAUAUUAUGGGGAAAAAUGCUUUAAAGCUUUUUAUAAAUAGUUUUUUUUCCGAGAAACUGGUCCUCAGAAUAUUGCAAGUUGUUGAAUGUACCAUAUCAAAAGUUCUUCAAACUCACAUUAAGAAUCAACAUUUGCUGGAAACGUUUUAAUAUUAAUAUUCCAGGUGAGCGAAUCUCAACGACACUUUGGUACUGAUCUUAUCAACGUCAGUGAAGAUGCUGAGCUAGAAUCGGCUCUGGCAUCAUUACGUCUUCGGGCCGACUCGCCACAAAGCCACACUUCUUCUUCUGGUUUUCCCAAAGUUUUCAAAAAGACGAGCCGAAGAAGCUGUUCAGCAACAACAGGACGAGCUCCCCUUUUCCCGACGAGAUCUUCGUUCAUCAACCGCCUCCAGUGCGUCAGUACUGGAGAAGGUUUCGUGGAAGUCUCCCCGAUCCGAAAUCAAGUCGUCAAGAACGCCGUAGUCCUCAGCGGGUUCAACAAGAGGUCGUCUCAGAGAAUAAUUAUUUUAUUUAUUUUCUGUAAAAAAAUUUCAAACUGUGAAGGAAGCUGAACUAGUAUUUGUGUAUUAUGAGAGAUUUUUUUGGCACAAAAAAAUAAUAAUAAAAAAAUAAUUACUUAUCUAUUUUUUUGCGUUUUCAAGCAUACUUUUAUACAGAAAAAUUCCAAGUAUAUAUUCAAAUUUUUUUUGGUUUUUUGAAAAAAAUAUAACUUAUUAAAUGAAUGACAACUUAUAAUAUUUGACUCUGUGAAAUUUUCUGAUUCUAGAAAAUAAUUUUCUCAGUUCAACAUUUUUUGAAACUAAUUAUAAACCUAGAUAUAGUUGCAGUUUCAUAAACAACCUAAAAAAAGAAAGACAAAUUUCUUUUGAAUUUUUUUGUAUGAGUCAACGCCAUACCACCUUUAGACCGUCUUUGGUAGUUUUUUCGAGGAAAAUAAUUUCUUGAAAAAAAUAUCGAGAUGAAACCGUUUUCAAUUAUAUUUUAUUCAAUUCAAUGCCUUUAUAAACCACAGAAAAGAUUAUCAAACAAAGUUCAAACGCAAAAUUUCGAUUCACACACUCAAAAAUAAAUUAAGUUUAUCUUUUUUUGAGAUAUGCCACGUUUUAUCGCGAACUCGCUGAACUUUGGAAUCUCACUAUAGCGACGGAAACGGGUCCCACCACGAAAUGUGUGGUGAGCCGGGCCGGAGAGAGGACGCUCACCGUCCUGCAAGCCGUUUGCAGAGGGAUCCCGGUCGUGAAACCGGCUUGGGUCGGUUUUGAAGUUAUCCAGAGGGAAAAUGAGUUUUCGGCUGCUGAGAAUUAGUAAACCAAGAAGUUUAGCAAAUGUGAAGUUUCAAUUGAAAAUUUUGUCCAGAUUGUCGCAAUAUAGGAAAAUAUAUGACUUCACUGCGUCCUCUCAUCUCUCGGCUACCCUCUUGUUCUCACGUUCUAUUUUUAUGUUCUUAUGGUCUCUCCGGGGAGAGAAAAGAGGGCACAGACAGGUCAGACUGUCAGAAGCCCUGACAAAGGAGCAUUUGAAACGAAAGCAGAAAGAAAAAAGUUGAUGGAACAAUUUUUCAAAUUUUUUUCUUUUUGUGUUUGGGUCUCCAACUUUCCCAAGUUUUUCUUCAGAUCACUUCAAGCUUUUGAAAAAUAGUGAGAAAUUUCAAAUUGGGAAUAAAUAAAUAAAUAAAAAGACCACUAUAGGGACCACUCUGGCUGUUUAAAGAGCACUAUUUUACCACUUCAUGGGCUGUUUUUCCCUAACCUUUUAGAGACCAUUCUGGCCUUCCCAACAAGAAAAUGAUGUUUUUCUAAUCAUAUCUUUCUCGCUGAUUUUAACUAUUUUCAGCUUGAAGAUUGUGUUGAAAAUGAGUGUCUAUUGCCGAUCAGAGAAUAUUUCUACGAGAAAUGGAGCAAUUUAUUAGCCGUUCGUUUUUUUUUGAAGAUUAAAAAGAAUUUAAGCAUUUUCUUCCAGAAAAGAAAGGUUUAUUCGAGAAUUUUCGAAAACAUGGGCAAGAUUUUCGUCGCCGACGGCUGCAGUCCGCCGAGCGAUCAAAUUCGGUGGAUUAUAAGGUCGAGCGGUGGAAGGGUCGGUUUUCUUUUUGAGAAAAUGUGCAAAAAUGAGUGAGAAACUGAGAAAAUCAAGUGCGCUCCAAGGAUAAGUCUCGAUUUUUGGAAUUUUCCUUUUUAUUUUUAUCAUUCAUCUUAGACUCUGAUAACACAAACUGGACGUUUUUGAGCAAUCACUGGCUUCAGUUCUCUUGAGUGAUCCCUAGAAGUGUUCAGAGAAGUCCAGACGAUGCUAGUGAUAAUUUUAGCGGCGUGAGUGCAUUCAAGUGAUCACUAGAAUUGCUCAGAAAUCACGCAGAGAUUUGCGUUAUCAACAUCUGAGGGCUUUCAUUGAAUAAGGAAGCUUCAGGUGACCUCCACAAUUUUGGACGAUUUAAUGAUCACUUAAGGGGUUUUUCUUCAGUGUCUUUUUGAACCUUUCAACUUUCAACUUUAUACGCCGUUUUUUCAUAUUUUUUUCGUAGCUUUCUUGACAGUUUAGACGAUUUUUAAGUUUAUAAUUUUUUUUUUCCAAUUUCGGCUGUGGUUCCUCAUUUCUUUUCCGAGCUUAGAAAGCUAAGGAGGCCUAGUAAGAAGAAUGAAAUGGUUUUUUUUUCGAAGAAAAUUGGUCGUAAAUUGUUUCUCCAAGUUCUGAUAAAUUGCUCCAAAAAGUGAUUUACAAAAAAAAUUUAUAGAAGGAGAAAAGAUUCUACGGCUCUUUCCGCUUGAAUUUUUGCUUCCCACUGCCUAAUUUAUUGGCUAUUUCUUUUUUUCUACCCAUCAUGUUUAAAAUUACGCGCUUUUUUUUCAAUCCAUUUUAAAAGAAGAUACGUCCGGGAUGACUUAGAUAAACUCUGAAAUCUUCAGACUUCCUUGAAUUUUCUCCAUGCUCCUUUAAAAGCUCCAACGGUUAUUCAAAAACAGAACUAACGUCAAUUUGAACCUCCCGAUACAAAAAGAGAUUUUUCAGAUAACCUACACGAUCGAGAAAGCUUCGAUAAUCGUGGUCCCAGACAAUUAUCCGCCGAUCGUUUCGGACUCUCAAUGGCUCGUCCUCCCGCCCAUCGUUUCUCCGCUUUUUAUCAUUGGUUUCAAACAUCAAUAAUGAUAAUUCGAUGAAUAAUUGGAAUAUUUUCAGACUCCGUGACGCACAACGAACUGAUGAUGUUCGCCGAUUAUUUGGAACAAACCCUUGAAAUCCCUUCGCCGCGACCAUAA